UCGGAGAGAAUCCGGAUCCAACUUUGAAUGAGUUCGAUAAACAUUGGAAAUGCUUCCUUAUUCAAGGAUAGAAUAGCGCCCAAAUGCAUGGCUCAACCUACCAGACCGGGUAGACAAAAGCAAGCCUUUCGUGGGCCGACGGGGGCUCGUCCUUUUUUUCGUACAUAUCAUUCCGUUGCUGGCCUCCCCAAACUGUUAUUUCCGCCGUUUGAAUCUUCCUCGUUUUCCUGACCUGAACAAACCGUUGUUUAUCACAGAUCUAAAUUGCGCAGGCUACUCCUCAGGUAGGGCUCGCCGCGGGCUUUAGUCUACCUGAGAUUCGAGUUUGCGCUAUUGGGUAUCGUUUCUGCCGCAAAAGUCGACAGUUUCUCCACUUUCCUCUUCGGAAAGAUUCGACGAUCUCUAUUUCCACUUUCUUUUUCUAUACUCUUGGAGUUUCCUGGAUUUAAAGUUCAGUAGAACAAAGAAAGAUCGGAUAUCGAUGCGAAUUUGGAUAAAUCUUCACAGGUUUGGGAUUUUGUGUUUCGAUUUUGCAUGAUAGGGCACGCAAAGAUCUAGGAGAAAAAGAGAAGGAAAUCCUAGUUGAGGAGGUUGCUUAAUUCGAUGAAAUGAUGGUAACAUGUGAUACCAAUCUUGCUCAGAACCGGCGCCCCUCGUCGUCCAUGUGUGUUCCGUCGCAGGAUUCGUGCUCAAAGUCCAUCAACGAGACGGUGAAUGGUUCGCAUGACUACACAAUAAAGGGAUAUUCGCUUGCCAAGGGGAUGGGUGCAGGGAAAUACAUAUCGAGCGAUACAUUCACCGUGGGAGGGUAUCAAUGGGCAAUUUACUUCUAUCCCGAUGGCAAGAAUCCAGAAGAUAGUUCGAUGUACGUUUCGGUGUUUGUUGCUCUGGCAAGUGAAGGUACGGAAGUCAGGGCGUUGUUUGAGUUGACUUUGUUGGACCAGAGUGGGAAGGGGAAGCACAAAGUUCAUAGUCACUUCGACCGCGCACUCGAGAGUGGUCCUUAUACUCUCAAGUACAGAGGGAGUAUGUGGGGUUACAAGCGUUUCUUUAGAAGAACAACUUUAGAAACCUCAGAUUAUCUAAAAGACGAUUGCCUUGCCAUGCAUUGCACAGUGGGAGUUGUCAGAACCCACAUUGAGGGACCCAAAAAUUAUGACAUCUCAAUUCCAUCAUCAGAUAUGGGUCAGAACCUCAAGGAGCUUCUGGCAUCUGGAAUUGGCUUUGACAUAACAUUUGAAGUUGGCGAUGAGAUGUUCAAAGCUCAUAAACUGAUACUUGCUGCUCGCUCGCCAGUUUUUCAUGCUCAAUUCUUUGGACUGAUUGGAAACCCAAACAUGGAGAAAGUAAUGGUGGAGGAUGUUGAACCCUCAAUUUUCAAGGCCAUGCUUCUCUUUAUGUAUUCAGAUGAGCUUCCUGAUGUACGUGAACUCUCAGGCUCAAUUUCUAUGUGCUCGUCAACAAUAAUGGUGCAGCAUCUGUUAGCUGCAGCAGACCGAUUUGGUUUGGAACGACUAAAAUUAUCAUGUGAAGCCAAGUUAUGUGAAGAAGUUACCGUGGACACAGUGGCCACAACACUGGCUCUGGCAGAGCAACAUCAAUGCUCACAGCUGAAGACCAUCUGUCUGAAAUUUGCUGCAGGAAAUUUGGGAGGUUUCAUGCAGUCGGAAGGGUUUGGAUACUUGGAAGAGAGCUGCCCUUCACUGCUGUCUGAGCUGUUGGCAACAAUUGCGGUGGAGGACAAGGACUCGAGCUUGCUGUUGAGCAGGAAGAGGGGUGGCUCCAGCAACAUUGGGACCAGUUUGGCUGCUGAAGGAACAGCUGCAGUGGUUGAUCCUGACAACAGGCGCAUGCGGAGGAGGCUCAUGUUCUCUUAGGACAUUUACAGGAAUGUGGCCUGGGAGGGCUGGUGUUAUUAUGGCCAUCCACUAUGUUACUUUCCACGAAGGAAAAGGAAAUCCUCUCUGGAGCAUUGAAGCAGUCCUAUUGGCACCUUUCAUUUGCAGUAUGAUUCUCAUUCUUUCAGAAAGGAGUUGAUGUGUCCCUUAAUUUUCCGGUAGCUAUUUCUUGCCCUUAUUUAAAGAAUAGCUGAUUGGUCAGUCCAGACCUGGCCACUGGAUCCAUUAACCAGUUGGAGUGCCUGCAUAGAAUUGGGGUAUGCGUGUGAACUGAUGCAUAGCUGGAUUGCUGGUUUACAGUAUUAUCAACCUGCCCCUUCUUAUCCACCCAAUAUUUUGUAGGACGGAGAUAAAGAGUAACCUUGCAAAACUAGGGUGACCUCUACUUGUAAUGAAGGGUGUCAUUAAAGUCUUGCGAAUUUCUUUCA